AAUUAAAAUUUUCUUUUCUUUCAUUAGAUGAUUAUAUUGAUGAACAGAAAAUUACAAUUAUCUAUGGAUGUGUGAUCUCUGAGAGAGUGGCAGAAAUUAUCAUGGCGGUGAUUAUAUGACAACGAGAAAAAUAGUGGAUUUUUAUAAUAACAUUGCCAACUCUCUUUUCCCUCUUCUUUUUGUAUAUGUUAUCUUCUUGUUAAUCAUAUUCAUCUAAUUUUCUUUUUUAUUUUAUCUUCUUCUUUUUUCCCCUCUACUCAUCAUCUUUUAUUCUCUGGUCGCUUCCCAUCAUCAUCAUCGUCAAUGGCAAUUAUCGGAAUUCUUGGUAUUAUCAUUCAACUCUAAUUGUGAUUAUUUAUGUUUCUCCUAAAAAGUUACUACUUUAAUACUUUUCCAUCAUCAAAUGUAAACUGUGCCAUCAACAAGGAGAAAAAAACUACAAUCAUCAUCAUCAUUGUUAAAACAAUAGCAAUAAUCAAUCAAUUACUAAUUGGAUUACCUGUUGAUUCAAAUCGUCCACCUGAUUGUCCUGAUCAUUGUCAAUGUUUGAAAACUUCGGACAUUCUUACCGAUGGACCUGAGGGUUGGCAAAUUGUUUGCACAGCAAUUGGAUUAACAUCUAUUCCUGAUUACAAUAUUAUUCAAUUACCUCGACCCAUUUACACCCUAGAUUUUGAUUUUAAUAGUAUAACUUACCUGAGUGUCUUUGAAAAUGUUUCAGAGAUUCGUUACCUUGAUGUAUCCAACAAUGAAGUCGCCAAAAUUGAACCUCGAGCCUUCACAAAUUUACCUAAUUUAAUUAUUCUUAAUUUAAGUUACAAUCAACUAAUUGAACUACCAAGUUCCAUAUUUGAACAUUUAGUUCACCUUAAUUAUCUUGAUCUAAGAGGAAAUCAUUUAAAAUAUUUACCUGUCCACGUAUUUUCAUCACAAUUAUCUUUGGUUAGUUUAAGUAUUGGAAAAAAUUUCAUCGAUCGUCUGGAACUUGGAUUAUUUGAUGAAAAUCUUCACCUUGAAACUCUUGAUCUUUCAGAGAAUCAAUUAUUCUUCUUGCCUGUUAAUCUAUUAUCCAAUAAUAUGAUCCUUAAAACGGUUGAUCUAUCAGCCAAUUCUUUUGAUAAAAUACCCUUUGAGACUCUCCAAGGGAUACCAAGUCUUCAAACUCUAAUCCUCGAUGAGAAUCCACUUCGAAAACUAAAUCAUCAAUCAUUUCCACCUCUUCCGCAUCUCGCAAAUCUGAGCAUUCAACAUAUGCCCUUUUUAAGGUCAAUCGACGAGGUCACCUUUUCAUACCUUUGCUCUCUUGAACGGAUCACAAUUGCUCACAAUCCAAUGUUGGUUUCAAUUGAUCCUGAUGCUUUUCUGGAUAUGCAUAAAUCUCCUAAUUGCUCCAAGUUGAAAGCUUUUCUAUCUAUAUAGUUCUAUAUAGUUUUCUAUCAAAA